UGAGCGGAGAUUAGCGUGUCUCUGCGCAGACGCGGAUGUGCGACUUUACUGUUAGGUUUAAGUCACAGCAGAGAAAACGGCUCUCUGCGUCUCAGAGCGACUGCGGGAGUUCAGAAUCGGAGCGAACUGAGAAGUACAGAUGGCCUCAGAGUGGUUGGGACACUUCCCCUUGCUGGAGGAUAACAAUACUGUGCAAGCAGACAACAGCUGCUUCAGUGCCACCCAGAGCACAGUGCUAAAGGGAGUGAGCUUUGGAGGAGUGCCUAUAGUUCUGCUGCUCAACUUUGUGGUCUUCCUAGUGUUGCUGCUAGUCUUCACUUGCAUCAGAAAGAAGCUAUGGGAUUAUGGAAGACUGGCAUUAGUAGCAGAGGCUGAAGGGUUUAAUGAAAUUUCUAGACGUCGCUAUGGUAGAAUGACAUCCUUUAUGUCCAUUGAGGAACCUGAAUAUGAGAGGGGAUUCUGUUCUUGGCUCACCUUCAUCAUCAGAAUGGAUGAGACAAUAGUGAGAGAGAGGUGUGGAAUGGAUGCUGUGUACUAUCUGUCCUUUCAGCGUCAUCUUAUCAUUUUGCUGCUCAUCGUCUGUGUACUGUCUGUCUCUGUCAUCCUUCCGGUCAAUCUCUCUGGAGACCUGCUAGAGAAUGAUCCUUAUAGCUUUGGCAGAACGACCAUUGUAAAUCUUCCACAGAGGGAUAAAUUGUUUUGGCUGCACACAGUUUUUGCAGUUCUGUACCUCAUCCUCACAGUGGUGCUGUUGAGGCGUCACACUUCACUGAUGAAGGGCACAAACAGAGAGACUGCCCAAAAAACCCUGUUUGUAUGCUCUAUCCCCCUGAUAGCCACGGAAGACAGUUUAAGGACACAUUUUACAGAGGCGUACCCCACCUGUCAAUUGGUGGAUGUUCGCCUGUGCUAUGAUGUGACCAAGCUGAUAUACUUAACAACAGAAAGGAAGCGAGCGGAAAAGAACCUGGAGUAUUACCGCAAAGUUCUAGACCGCCAGGGGCACCGAGAAGUCAUUAACCCACGACCAUGUGGACACAUCUGCGGCUGCUGCACCUGCCGAGGAUGCGAAGGGGUUGAUGCUGUAGAAUACUACAGUUCUCAGGUUACUAAACUUGAUGAGGCCUUGAAAAAGCAUGAAGAGAGAGAGCCGCGUGCACUGGGAAUGGCUUUUGUCACGUUCCAGACUGCAUCCAUGGCAGCACUCAUCCUGAAGGACUUCAAUGCUCUUGAAUGUGGAACCGUGUCUGGGGAGAUAACAUGUGGCUGUGGUAGAGAGCCUCAGCCUUCAUCCAAUAGUGAACAGCUGAAGCUGAAAAAAUGGAGGGUGAGCUAUGCCACCCAUCCGAAUAACAUUGUGUGGGAGAAUCUGUCAGUCCAGGGGUUGUGUUGGUGGUCUCGGUGUCUGCUGCUCAACAUAUUACUAUUCAUCCUGCUCUUCUUCCUCACUACUCCCUCAAUAAUAAUCUCUACCAUGGACAAGUUUAAUGUCACAAAACCCAUCUACUAUCUAAAUAGUGCUAUUAUCAGUCAGUUCUUUCCAACUCUGCUACUGUGGUCAUUCACUGCACUGUUACCUACUGUAGUCUACUAUUCUACACUGCUGGAGGCCCAUUGGACCAGGUCAAGUGAGAAUAUGAGUAUGAUGUAUAAGCUCUACAUCUUCCUGAUUUUCAUGGUGCUUAUCCUGCCAUCACUGGGCCUCACUAGCCUGGAUGUGUUUUUUCGUUGGGUCUUUGACACUCGUUCAGAGCGGAAGCUGAGGUUUGAGUGUGUGUUUUUGCCGGAUCAAGGGGCUUUCUUUGUGAAUUACGUGAUUGCGGCUGCAUUGGUGGGUUCCGGGAUGGAGUUAUUGCGGUUACCAGGGUUACUGCUCUACACUGUGCGCAUGGCACUUGCACGCUCAGCUGCAGAGAGGAAAUAUGUCAAACAGAAUCAGGCAUAUGAGUUUGAAUAUGGAGCAAUGUAUGGAUGGACUCUGUGUGUCUUCACGGUCAUUAUGGCCUACAGCAUCACCUGUCCUGUUAUAGUACCAUUUGGUUUUCUGUAUAUGAUCUUAAAACACCUGGUGGACAAGCAUAAUCUGUAUUUUGCUUAUUUGCCUGCGUGCCUCGACCGUCAGGUGCACCUGGGAGCUGUGAAUCAAGCACUUGCUGCACCAAUCAUUUGCCUGUUCUGGCUCUACUUCUUCUCUCUCCUGAGGACAGGAUUUAUGGCUGAUACCUCACUCUUUACGUUGGUUGUUCUGUGUGUGACCAUUUUCAUUUGCAUUGGUUACACCUGCUUUGGCCACUUCAAGUACCUCAGUCCCCACAAUUACGUUGUUAGGGAAGAAGCUGAAGACUCUGAUGGAGCUUCAGAAAAUUCCACUAACUCUGUGUACCUUCCCAAAGUUUUGAACCAUGACCCUGACUCCAAGUCCCCCAGCAGGUUCAGUCCUCACUUGUCAUACGGCACCACGGACACAAGCCCGGCCUUUCUCAGCACUGAGGAAGAGCAACGGGACUCAGACAUCUAACAGCAUUGUCAGUCAGCAGAUUCCAGUAAACCUACAGUACCUCCUUCAGCUAAAGGCACUGACUGGUAAAGCAGAUGGAGUCAAGGCAGGUCUUUGUUAUUGGGGUUUCCUGUCCUUGAUGUGAAGGCACUGCUGUUCUCCUAGUGAGAAUCUGAGAAACCUGUAGGAUCAAAUGACCUUAAAAUGACCUAACCCUAACCCUAGAUCAAAAUAGAGCAUCAAAUAAAGGGCUUAUAUGAACACUAAAUGUAAAGUCCCUUACAAACCUAUAAAAACAGAAAAAUGGGCUUUCCAUUGAAGGGACUAUGUGAUUUUAAAGUAUAUCUUUCCUUUUUGACCAUUGGAAUGAUACUUCUGGGACUGCUUAGGAACAAAGCCAUCUUGCCAAAGACCUAUAACCAUUGAACCUGCCUACUCAGUUCAAUGAUGAGUAUAUUUUACAAAUGUAGCUUCCCAAAUGCCUUGUUAAUUACCUUUUGCCAAGGAAGAGAAGCCAAAUGGAUCACUAUUGUUUAUCUUGGACUCAAAUAGUACUGUAAUCAGAUGCCAGACUGGUUGAAGCACCAUGACAGACAGCUUUCAGGAUAUAUGUGUACAUUAGGUGCAACUUAUUUAUCGAUGCUAUUAAUGAUCAUAGGAAUUUUGUAAUGUCAUUUUUACAAACAUGAUCACACUAACAGAUCAAAAAUCAUUUAUGCUGUUACAAAAAGGCAAGUUGUUGUGUCGUAACUACUCAAAUGUACACAUUUAAUGAUUUGACAUUCUGCUUUUGAUAAGAUUUCAUAUUUCACCUUUGCACUUCUAUUAUUUUUACACAAAUACAUUGUAUGAACUUUACAUGAGAGUUUGCUUUGUGCUGUGAGCUGAGAGUGUGCACGUGCGCAUGGACACGUUUGUCUGUCUGGAUGAUGAGUGGCACUGUAAAAUCCUCACCACUGGAUGGCACUGUUGUUUUAGGUUGUAGGAUUCUAUGUAAGUGCAUGUGUGUCUUUGUAUAUGCAUGUUGCUGUUUGUGUUCUUUGUUCUAAAGUCUGGGAUUUAGAAUGAGUGGCUGAAGGGAGAGCAGAUGUAUGAGUGUGAUGUAUGAGUGAAUGUAAGUGGCUGACCUUUUUUACUAGGAAGGAGACUGUGUAUAUUUGUUCUCGAUUGUAUGAAUUAUGUGAUUGGAAUAGGAACAGCUUUGGAUUUGCUAAGCAGGUUUAAUGAAUGUGCAAUGAGUUUCAUGAACCAUGAUUUUCUUAGUAUUGUGUGAAUGAACAAGGGCCUGGCCCAGUGAAUGGCGUGCAUGUACUGACACACUUCCGCUCACUCAAUACCUUGCUAAUUAGUGGCGUUACUGCAAAAGCCUCUUAAGUGAACACAAAAUCCUGCAGGACCCGACUGUUAUGCUAGCAGGCCGAUUUGGGAUAAAUGUUUUAUUUUUCCCUGGCAACAGAAGAACUCUUGGGGUGUGUGUGUGUGUGUUUGGGGGGGACGGUUUGCUGUAUGGCCUCUGUGUGCCAUCCUGGCUUCCAAAGUAUAUAUUUAUGAACUGCAUUGCUGACUGGGAAAUCAUAAAUUUCAGUUGCUCAUAACGCCAACUUGCACGCUCAAUGUUUCUGUCAGUAAAAAUGGUUGUUUCUUUGAAUAGGUUUAAGAGGGGGCACAGCUUAUGGGGCCAAUAUCCUACAAUUUUAUUUUAUCUUCAUUUUCCCUGAAAUACACUUACAGUGUUUGUGUGGGUUUAUGUGCCGACUCACAUGUGUCAUAACUCAUUUUUACAUGACCAUUUUCAAACCUUUUUUAUCCUUUAGAAUUAAACUGGACCCAAAAAAACAUUUUUAAAGCAUCUUAGUUUUAGGAUGAUCUUAACUGGUACAGAAACAGUGCAAAAGCCUUUUAGGAGUUGCCAGAUUUUGUGUGCCAUCCCCCGGAAUAAUUGUGUCUCUACUUUUUUAUGACAAUGAUUGUCCAUCAGUUAUAUUUAUUUGUUUUUUUUUAGUGCCCUGCACUAGUUCAAUUAAGUUUCAUUAAAAAAGAAUGAAACAGAAAAAUAGAAAGGAAAUGAGUAAAUAUAAUUUAUGCAGUAAUACAAAAUGCGUUCAGUCAUGAACGUAAAAUGUUUGACCUUUUUAUAUCUUUAUAGAAUAUUUGAGUAUUCAAGAGCCCUGGAACGGAAGGCCUGAAGUGCUGUAGGCUGUAAAUGCGUUGGUUUUAGUGACACAAAAUUAAUUUAUAAAAUGGGCUGUUUUUACAGUGUAGUUUCCAUUUGUAAAUCAAUAGAACGUUUUAAAACUUAAGGUUUACAUACUACAGUAAACUAUUUCAAAAAAGUGAAGAAAGUGCCUCGUAGAUUUCAUACUUCUGAAAUCAGUGCUUUGUUGAGGGUGUGCUGCAAUAUAUCUCUUAAAUCUCCUACAGCAUGCUUUUUUCUUUCUCAGAUGCUUUAAAAGGUCAUCAGGUCUACUUGGCUUUGCUAAGAGAAUGGAGACUUUUUUAUAUAUUUAUAUUGUACAAAAAAUGAAAACAGUAUGUAAAGACAAUCUCCCUGUCUGUUUCAUGUGUGCUUGUGUGUUUGUGUGUGGGGUUGAUUCUCAAAAUGUGCAGUUAUGCUGCACUACAAAGAUAUUUCUGUUAAAUGAAAAGAAAUGGCAAAUGCAUGUAAAUAUCGCAUUCUUGUCUAAACCAUAUGUGGGGAACCAUAUAAAACUUGAGCCUGUACAAUUGUUAGUUAUUUUAUUAUAUAGUUUUAUUUUAUAUUGGAUGUGAUGGCAUAGCAUAAGGGCUUUUAUAGCCAGUGACUUUGUUUUAAAAGCUUCAGAACAUUUUAUAGCCUCAGUAAAGCAAUAACCAGAAGAUGAAUGUAAGAAAAAUCCACAAUACUACAAGUACCAUUUAAAAAGACAGCAAACUCUAAUGUAGAUGAGUGAGUGUGUUUGACCUGGGGGUGAUGAGGGUGCCUCAUGUGGCAGCUGGCCCAGUCCACAAAGUGAGGCAUUCUGGGAUUUGUAAUGCACUCAGGGUGUAAAGGCCACUGGCAGUCGUAGCAGUGCUAGAGCUAUUUAGUGGCUAUUUGGUUACUUAGCUGUUUAGUGUGCACGCAUGUUCAGAAGCCAUUGAAGCCAGCUGCAUUGUGUGGAGUCUUUGUCCUCGACUUUUGUAAAAUGCAGAGAAAGUUUGAACAUGCAAAGAAAAUACAUUUUCACGUAGAGGUAUGUACUGUGUGUAUGUUCCAGUGGCUUAGAAACGCAUUUUUUUCAAAUAGUGCAGCGAAAUAUUUCCUCUACUUUUGCACAUCUGUCACACUAAAUAGUUUCAGAUCCUCACACAAAAUGUAAUCAUAGACAAGGAGAGUAUGAGGGAACAAAAAACACAGUUUUUAAAUGGUCACUCUUUAUAGAAAGAAAAACAAGGACUUUUCCCAUCUGUGUGAAAAAGUAACUGCCUCCUAAACUUAAUAAUUGGUUGUGCCACCUUUAGCAGCGACAACUGCAGACAGACUCAUUUUAUAACUGAACAUCAGUCUUUCAUGUUGCUGUGGAGGACAUUUAGCCCACUAGUCUCUGCAGAAUUGCUUUAAUUCAGCCACAUUGGAGGGCUUUUGAGUCUGAGGUCCUGCCUCAGUAUCUCAAUAUGGUGCAAGUCAGGACUUUGACUAGGCCACUACAAACCUUUAUUUUGUUUCUUCUGAGACAUUUAGAGUUGGACUUGCUGUUAUAAUUUGGAUUGUUGUCUUGUCACAUAACCCAGUUGCGCUUCAGAUCAUGGGUUGAUGACCGGAAAUUCUCCUAUUUUCUGGUAGAGAGCAGAAUUUGUGGUUCUGUCAAUUAUGGCAAGUAGAACAGACCCUGAAACAGCAAAACUCUUUUAUGUUCCCCUUGGUUAGCAAUUGUUUUAGCCUUUGGCCCAGUUGUUUUGGACUUUCCUAUUGAUUCCAUUUUUGCCCAGAGUCUUGACCAUAUUUUGUCACUUCCUAGAUGAGUUGUUGCUGUGCUCUUGAAGGAAUUUUGAUAGGCCGGCCUCUUCUGGGAAGAGUCAACUCUUCCAAGUUUUCUCCAUUUGGAGGUAAUGGCUCUCACUGUGAUUCAUUGCGGUCCCAGAGCUUUCUCAUCUCCUCCAGAAUUUCUUAUGUUUGCAGCAUAGUGUGCUGUUAUCUGGCACCUCUUAGGUUCUAUUUAAGUGAUCUUUAGAUUCAGCAUGGCAGCCAGUAAUCACGCCUAAGAGUAGUUUAACUGAUCCCAGUUAUCAGCUAAAUUUGUUUAAUUGGUUGACUGACUGAGUAAUUAAAGGGGCAAUUACUUUUUCUCACAGGGCCAGUUGGUGUUGGAGAACAUUUUUCUUUUCGUAAAUGAAAUGAUCAAUUAAAACUGUAUUUUGUGUUUACUGAGGUUGUCUUUGUCUUAUCUGAAAAUUUUGAGUGAAGAUCUGAAACUAUUAAGUGUGACAAGAAAAAAACAGAAGAGAUCAGGAAAGGCCACUUUCACAGCACUGAAUGGUAAACUGCACACAUGAUGUAAAACAACACUGUGCAGUUUUCCAAUGUGCUGUCUGUGUGUAUAUUUGAGGGGUUUUCCAGGAGAGAAAUACACUCAGGAGACUGUGAAUGGAGGAGGGAGGAGCGUGUCUAUGUUUAUAGACUAGUCUGGCCAUGUGAGGAAAAAAAAGGAGCACAGGAAAAAAAACUGCUGCUGUUCAGUCUCAGCUUUGCAGAGUUACAUUAUCAAAAGGAGGGGAACUGACUGGGAUAUCAAGAUGAUUACAACCUUCCACUCCCACACACAUGCAAAGAGGAGAUCCGUCAGUGACAAGUCAGUGAGAUGUGAAGGGGUCCCAGCACUUUGAACCUGGAGAAUGAUCAGCAUUGUGGGGUCACAGAAACUAGGGCAGUGACAUACAGAGGGGGCUUGUCCAAAAUGGUGCCCUAAGCCUUGCAGUCUUCCUCCAAGUCAGCACUUUGGUGACAUUGUGCAGACCUAUGGGCCAACAAUCCUGGAGGGUUUUAAGUUAAAAACCAGACACUCAGACAAACUUGUACAACAUGCAGACUAUAUAUACUGUACCCUGCGACAUGUGUAAUCAAUAAUUUAUCAAUCGUACAUGCAUAUAUCACAUGUAUAGUUAAUCUCAAUGACGUGGGAAGUUAAUACAAAAUCUCCUCCUUGUGUUAAGUUAAUAAAGAAAUGCUCACAGGU